AUGCUGCAGAAGGCAUGGAAAGACGCAUCUUAUGGGGCGGUACUUCUGUGUUCCACAGAGACCGAGGACCAAGAAGAAAAUCGGCAAAUCGACCAGAUACUGACCGAGAGCAAGGUGGCCGAGAGCCCUCUCGGCCGAGUGCCCAAGCAAAACCCCGACAGAACCAUCUCAGCGGAAGGUCGUCCCAUCAACGAUAUGCGAGCCAGGAAUGCUUCGGGCUCCAAAUACGACCACCCACCCGCCGCUCAGCCUAGGCACAGAGCAGUGGUCAGGCAAAGCCUUUGGUGGAGGGUGCGACACCCGAAGGUUCCACAGAGGUGUGCGAAACGCGAUGUGCCAAGGGCUUUCAAGUGGCACUUCCUCAAGCCGGGCGAUGUCCCUGAAUUCUGCACGAGGAUUCUAGGUGUGCUGAUCCUGAGUCUGGUGAUGGUGUUCGGUUGGGUAGGAGCGCCAGGGGAGUUCGUGAUAUGGGCCACCGCAACCCAAAAGCACCACGGGUCGUUCCGACCAUGCCAUCCUCAAUUCAACGAUGUGGUGCCCUACACCAGCCGAUGGCUGAUGGAUGACGGCGUGGUGGUAGAGCCACUAGUGGGGAAUAGGAUCCAGAGAUCCCUGUCAGCAAUGGAUGCAGCUAUGGUAUCAGUCUGGGGCCCUGGAGCCAUCAAUCUCGACAAGCUCGCCGAAGAAGGCACCCCGGCAAAAUCCCAGCUCCUGUGGGGCCUCCACCUAGACUUUGAAGAACAGGUUGUGGUCCUCCCGGAACCGAAGCGAAUAAAGGCGAAGCAUCUCCUAAGAGAGCCUCAGCUUCAAAGGGGGUGCCAACGAGUUCGUACCAAGCUGCUCCGAGAACUGGCAGGGACAGCGCAGUAUUGGGCCGUCUCCGCUCCGGAGAUUGCACCCUAUCUACCAGUCUUUUACAGGCUCCUGCAGCAGGAAGUAGGCGAUCAUGAAUGGGUGAAACCCAGGGGCUCCGAGAGUGAGCUAGAGGCUGCCUGGGCUGAGUUCUGGGAUGCGCUCGAUUGGGUUCGCCUCCAGAUGGAAAAGCCUUGGGGAACCAGUUUCAGAGCAGCUUUCGGCAAGCUCCUGCCGUUAAGGGAAAGGCUCGCACUCCCUGGCAUGGCCGCUUCGGCCCGAUUCGUUGGAGGAGAUGCCACGCUAACCAGGCUCGGAAGCACUGAUUGGAAGGAUAGAUGCUACCACAUGGCGGACAGCAGCAGAUACGUCAGGGCCGUGAACGAAGUCGUAGGGGGCGGAGAUCACUUGGAGAUCAUCGGAGUGAUGGAGCUUCUGACGUUCAUUGUCCUGGCAGCGGCGCGGAAGGAAACCUGGCAGGGGCAACUGAUCCUUUAUGUGACUGACAACAUGAAUGUCAAAGGAAGGUUACGUACCAGGCGCGCUUCAAACAGAUACGUGAGGGCGCUCUUGCUGCUGCUCCAGCGGCUCGAAGCGGAGAAUAGCUUCACUGUCGAUGGAGCGUACGUCCGUACCUACCACAAUACUCUCAACGACUGGCUGACAAGGGAGGAUGAAGACAAGGUCCAUGCGGAAAUGGAAAGCAGUGGCUGGACCCGCCUCGAGCUCAAUGAGGACUGGGAAGGACUCCUGCGAGAAGCCAUGCGCCCCACGUUGAAGCUACCAGGGGAGAAGGGCCCGAGUGCAGCUUUAGCCAUUCAGCUGGCCAACGAACAGCAAACCGUGCAUGCCUUCCCCGCCAAGAUCGAGCCAAAGCCAUUCAAAGGGGGACUCCACCAAAUCCGGCUAGGGUCGGAACUACUGACGUUCGAGCUGGGGUGGGCCAAGGGCGGAGGAUCGAUCGCAAGCCAGGCGCAAGCUGACUGGAUCGUCUGUGUUCUCACUCAAGACCCAAAAGGGCGGGAGGCAGACAUCCUUCUAAAAACCCUCGCCAGAACUGAUUGGAGAGGACGACUUAUCGUUGACCAGCCCAGGGAGCUCUCUGAAACCAGCCGAAAUCGCCUGAUGCAGCUUCAGGUUCAAUGGGGUCAGGCACAAGUGGUCGACUAUCAGGGAACGGCCGACGAAAAGGAGAGAGUUCAAGCAUGGCGAGCUGCACAAGUCAACGAGUGUCAGAUGUUACCUCUGCGAUCCGCAGAGGAGUCAGGCUCACAGGUGAGCGUCUCAAGAUCCCAGGAGGCACCCUGUUGGAAGGUGGGACGGCCGGGUCUGGUCCGUCCUCUCCUCCCAGAAGAGGUGUGGGAAAUGCAAGGGGGCCUCGCAGAGGAUUGGCGUUCCGCCGACUCGAAGAGAAAG